CUGCUGCCAAUCAGAGUCAAAACCAUUCCUGGCUGGGGGACAAACAGUCUGAUCCGGCAUAAGGCCGUUUCCUAUGUAACGGAGCUGGCCAGCCUAUGCUAGAUGAAAAUGGAUACGCAGGUGAAAAUGUCUUUCCUGGGUUAAGCUUGAACUGAUGGUCCCCUGUGCCCACCGCCGCAUCUCUUCCAUGUGUUGCUGACAUUCAGGAUUUCGUCGGUGGAUGGCUGGAGCCUGAACACCUGCGUGGCCCUCCCUGCACACCAGCAGCCAUGCUUUUUGAUUCCAUUGUUCGAAUAGAAUUUAUCUGGUAUUGGCUGGAUGAAAAUGGCAAAUGGAUUGAGUAUGGCAAAAAGCAUUCCGAGCAUCGGGCUGCAACAGUAUCAUCACCUGACCUGGAGUCUGCUUUUCUAGCUGACUCCAAAGGUGUUGUGUUUUUUCAAGCCGGCACUCAGCUGUAUGAACUAAACUUCCAAGGAGAUGCAUUGUUCCUAACAGUAAGCACUGCUGUUUCCCUCAAGAGAUGGUUCAGAGGAACCUACACUACCAAACCCAGAGAAAAGUCUGCCGGUGGCCCAGGCUUGUGUUCUUUGGUGGUGGACGUGAAAGCAAGAAAAGAAGUCACUCCGUAUCUUCGUUUCCCUCCCACUUGUUUCCUUCCAGUUGGGACAAAUCAGCACUGCCUGACAUAGGCUAUGAGUUGGUGGAGAUCUCCAGUUCUUCUGAAGAGUAUAAGAACGUCAAGGAACUAUUCGAGAAGACAAUGGAAGGUUAUAUUAUCCAAAGACUCCGAAGGAUUCAGAACCCUUCUCUCUGGCAAAUCUUCCAGUGGCAGAGAGAGCAGAUGAAGAAGUGGAAUGGAGGAAAGGACAUUGAGGAAAAGCUCCUGUUCCACGGUACUAGCGCAUCCCAUUUGCAUCACAUCUGCGGGCAGAACUUUGACUGGAGGAUCUGUGGAACCCACGGAACGCUGUACGGAAAAGGAAGCUAUUUUGCAAGGGAUGCCAGUUAUUCCCAUACUUACUGCCGGUCAGACACCCGCAUCAAGAUCAUGUUUGUAGCUAGAGUUCUGGUUGGAGAUUAUGUUCAAGGCAAGGCGGCCUACCUUCGCCCACCAUCUAGACCUAAUCAAUCAAACCGCUUUUAUGACAGCUGCGUGGACUGCCUUUGGAACCCUUCGAUUUUUGUCAUCUUUGAAAAGUAUCAGAUUUAUCCAGCAUAUAUAAUAGAGUAUGAGCAAGAAACCAAUUGUGUGGUCAUGUAAAGGCAGCAAUCUUCUGUUUGUUUAUACAAAGCAUGGAUUUCAACUUUUGUGUAUAUGUAUGUAUGUACAUAUGUAUGUAUAAAAUUUUACAUGUUUCAUAUUUAAGAAAAACCUCUGUGAUUGUUUUGAUGCCUGUAUUUAGGCUCUUCUAGUGAUUAUUUAGGCCUCCAAUGGAACCAGUUACACACUUAUGAUGUCAAACAACCUGCUCUGAAAGAGACUGGACUACACCAUGAUUGGGUUCAGACUUGAUAACCCAUGAGUGCAGAUUGUCACUGAACCAUGGGUUCAACCAGAGGUUGAAAUGUGAGCUGUCAUCGUCCAAGCCCAGCCACGCUAACAGUGAAUGGCUUGUUAACCACAAACAAUCCAUGAGAAGAACCCAUGGUUUGUUGCUGGUUUGUAAACUCUGGGUUUGUAUUGUUUGCAUUGUCACUGCAUUCAGACAAUUCAAUUAAUUCACAUUGCAGUGGCAACCCACAUUCAAUAGGUGAUUUGAGUGCAGACUGUAAAUUUGUCUGAACCCAGUCAGUGCAAGAGUAUGUAUUUUUAGGGGUGGUGGAGGUGCUUGUGACUUUGCUAAGACAACUCUGCCUGAAACUCUGAAGAGGCACUGCCUGUCCAUGUUGACAAUAUUGGGCUAGAUAGACCCAUGCUCUGACCCAGUGCAAGGCAUGUGGAGAACAGAAUAAAACACUGUUUCCUUUCUAGGUUUCUCAGUAAGAAAAUGUCUACUCUUCCAAAAAUAAUUGAGAAUUCACCAUCCAUUUGCCAAUGGGAUCUCUUUGUCUACUUUGUUUUGCAUUUUAAACCUAUGAUCAGACAUGAAUUCAAUCAAGCUUUUGGCACCAAGAAAAGAAUGAGAGGUCCAUUUUUAAUUUCAAUUAAUAACAUUUUGGCUCUUUCACCUUGGUGCAAAUGUGUCAUCUACAAGGAGAGUUUUUCCAAGCCAAAUGAUCAGCAUAUCAAGCCGUCCUUCACAUUCCAGUGUGGUUUUGGGAUGAAAAUAAGCAUUGUGCUUAUAUGAAUAAGUUUCAUUGCUUUAACGAUUUAUCCAUACAUAAUUUUGGCUGUAUGGUGGCCUUAGUUUUUACAUAUUUUAUUUUCUCCCCACUGAACUCCAGUUGGCUGGUUAUCAACAGUAAACAGGAACCCAUGUUGUUAUAUCACAGGAUAUAAUUCUACUCCUGCUGAAGUCAGCACAGCUUACAUUGAUCUUAAUAGACAGGGAAGAUACUCUGGGAAAGAUCUCUGUAGCCUACCCACCCUCACUUCUUCCAUGAAUAUGCAGCUGGUGUUGAGCUUAAUUUUGGGGGCAUGGAACGAGGCACUCCAUGGGGCUCAGAAUACCCUUCUCAUCAGCAAGUUGAGAACUAUGGCUCCUAAAUUCCUCAAUAGCUUGGUGUCUGGGGUCAGCAGGGUUGUUGCCUCUUACUGAGAGCUCAGCAAGUUACAAAUGGGAUUGCUGGUUUUCACUGCACAUGGCCCAACAACCAGGCCAGGGCGGAUGACAAGGACAGAGCACUAGGGGUGGCAACAGCUUAUGCCUUUGUGUGCUUGCUGCCCACUCCUUUAGUCAACAUGAUCAGCACCUGAUGAGGGACAACAGUGAAUGGGGACAAGGAAAAAGGACCAAGGAUGAAAGGAAGGCAGGGGAGCCAGGAAGGUGGCAGCUGAGUAUGAGAAGAGGAUGCGCAGGAGAAAGGGUGAUGGAGGAGGAAGGAAAGAAGAGAAGGGCAGAAAGAAGGCAAGAAGUGGGAAGGCACUUGGGAAAGACUAGGGAAUGGUCUACUUACUGUUGAGGCAUGAGCAAUACUUGACUGAAGCAAAAAGUCAAGCGGCCAUCUGUUUAGGUGCAUGGAGACCCUGGAGACCCUGCUUCCAUGUGGGAGAGGCUUCUUACUCUCACUUCAUCCAUGAAAAGCUUUCAGGACUGACUGCUCAACCUAGUGCUUCAGCUCUUGGGAGUGGGCAUAGGUGGAGGCUUGGAUGGAAUUGCACACUAGAAAUGAAGCAGCUGGAAAAAUCUGAGAAGCAGCUGGCAGUCUUAGACUCGUGGCAGGUUCCUUCCUCAGAUACUACUGUGGGCAAAAACUGUUUCCUACAGAGGAGAAGGCUCUGCAUAUCAGAGAUUCUCUUUUGUUUAUGGAGAGUGUCAGGGAAAAAUGAGCAAAAGCUUUGGCAUAAUAUGGCUGCUAAGAGCCUGACACUACAAGAACUACUUUAGAUGGGAUUCCUGACCUGAUCAGGAAUCCACAUUACAAGUCUCGCUUCCCUUAGAAACGUUAGUGUCUUGGUCCUGAAAGGCCUUCUUCUGGGGCACAACUUAGACAUGUUAAUGUUCUCCUUUUGCCAUGUGUUUAACUCUACUGUUUUACUCAAUUGUGCUUCUGUACUGUGCACCUGAUCCCCCACCCUGCCCCAGACUCUUUAUGUAACUGAUAGGUUAUAAAAGCAUCUUGUACAAACUCCAUCUUUGUAGUCCUUUCCAGGACUGCCUACAUGCCACAUUUAUUUCCUGUAUGUCCGAAUAAACUGUAAAUAUUCUUUUGA